UAGAUCUACUUAAAGUCAGUCAGUCUCACUACUCCUCCCUCGCUCCCUCACUCUCCCCCGUUCCGCUUCGCUUCACUCGGAACCCUCUUUCCCAGAAAGCCUUUCUCCAUCUGCAUUUCUCAGAAUUGCGCUUCCUUUCUGGUUCAGAUUCUCUGAAUGUAGAAUGUAGGUUUCUUCCAAUCUCGAAUCGAUGACGGCUUGAUUCGCCCGUGCAUGAAUUGGACCUGGGGCGAGGCAAUGGCGAGGAGGGUUCCGAGGAGGGUCUGGUUAGGGUUCCAAAAAUCGAUGGGUCUCCUCGUGGGUGGGAAUCACACCUCCUCCAGGUUUUGCACUCGCUAAAUUUCGAUCCCUUUCGUGCUUUUGGCUUCAAUCUCUCUCGCUCUGUUAAGAUUUUUGACUGAAUUGGUCCUCUGAAACUUGAUCGGAAAGAUCUCAACUUUGCACUGAGUUGCACUGGGCUUGAACUGAUUGAAUCCCGAUAAAAUGAUGGAUUACAAGGCGUUGAAAUACCAGAUUCUUCAUGGGUACAUCGCGAGGCGCGUGCUCCUUCGCACGCUCAUGGUAGCCUCUGCUAUUUCUCUAUUCCCUUUGCUGCAUGUGUUGUCCGGUGGGAAUCCAGCAUUUUUCGCUCCGGCAAGUUCCGAUAAUUGCGCCGCCGACUCGGGUAACUUUGGUCAAUUUAUGCUGUCUGGCGCGUAUUUGAUUCCCGAAUGGAUGUUGGUACCAAUACGGGGUUCGUUCGAAUCCGUCGAGUGCAAAGAGGAUGUGAAUUUGACUGUUAAUGUGGUUGGAGAGCUGAUGAGCAAGCACUUGUUGGAUUAUAGCGCAAAGGCUCUCUGUGCCGGGGAAGGAUCGUCUGCCUGCGUUUUUGCAUUGCACGAAUUGGGAUUCUCCAAUGCUUGCGGGGUGUACGGACACCCCUUCUUUUCUCUGAAACAAAAGCAUUUGGUUUACGAGCUGAGCUACGGUGAUAAUUCCUUCGACUUCGUAUUCUCCAGGGACCUUGAUAAGGUGUCGGUCCCUGCAUUGCUUGUGCUCGAGAUUGAGCGCGUGCUUAAGCCUGGUGGAAUUGGGGCUAUGCUUGUCGGUGUUAGUGGUUCCAAUCCGAACAGCCUCAUUAGGUCGGCAACGCCGGUUUCUUCGCUGCUGAAAGCUUCCAGUGUCGUUCACGUAGGUUUCAUGAAUGAUUUCAGUCUUGGUGUGAUGAAUGACUUCACUCUGGUGGUUUUUAAGAAGACAAUUGAAAAUGUGGGUUUCUUUGGGCAGUAUAGACUUCCAGACAACUGCCCAUCAAUUAUUAAGAGCAAACCCUUUAUUGAUCUGAUGGAGCCUCUCGUAGAGGAAAAGUCAAUGGAAUCUAAGCCAAAGAAUUCCUAUUUACCAAAAUUCGUAGAUGUCUCUUUAGCAAAGCAAAUGACCUAUAUUGUUAUUGGAGCAGGGGAGCAUCUGAAUUAUGCGCAUGUGAAUUGGUUCCUGCCGUCUUAUCCAGUGGACAUCCGCACGUUUAACAUUUAUUUCGUCGACCACAACACUUCUGUGCUUUCAUCUUAUGUCAAGAAGCCUGGUAUUAACUUUGUUUAUCACCCGGGGCUGGUGGGAAACAAGGGCAAAAGUAAUCUUGGAGAUGAUCCUGAGUUUGAUCCUUAUCUGGGAAGUGAAGGUUUUGACAUUCUUGUUUGGUUCAAGGAAACAGUGAAGCACGCAGACUUUGUGGUCGUGAAGAUGAACACGGGGGAGUUAGAACUGAAAUUCCUGGUGGAGUUAUUCGAGACCGGAGCCAUAUGCUCGGUGAACGAGCUCUUCCUCCAUUGCUCGGACCCUUUGCAAGGCAUCGGAGAAAUGAAGGGGGGAUGCAUGGAUCUGUUCAAGGGCCUUAGAAGCACUGGUGUGUUUGUGCAUCAGUGGUGGGGAAAUUAGACUCUAUUCCACGUUUUGCAUCCUACUGUUUUUAGGUCGUGUCCUUCGUUUUGUGUGUCGCUCUAGUGCUUGCUUCAUACUUACUGAAGCAUCGCACCUCCCCUGCACGGAUAAGUCCCAUAGAUGGAGUUCACUCAUCAUUGGAGAUGAAUGCCCUGCAAGGGGAGUACUGAAUAAUUGUCACGUGUCUGCGGAAACUGUGCUUUCCGGUGUGGUUCGAAUUUCUGAGUCGUGGUCCAGUACUUUCGUCACGUGUCUUCGGAAGCUCUGCUUUCCGUUGUGUUUCGAAUUUCCGAGUCAGUAGUCUAGUCCUUUCUGCUUUGAUGUGUGGGGAAAAUGUAUGUUGCUUCUUGGUUGUGCUCUAGCACCACAUGGCAUGGAGCAACAAUUUCUUCUCCAUCUUAUGAAUAAGAACUUCGUCAUUAUG